UUCUUUUUCUUAUACCUACUUCGAAGUUAUAUCUCUACCUACGUUAUAUAGUUUUUGUGUUUAGCUACGCUUCUACUAUUGAUGCAAACGGCGUAAUGUCGUUAUCAAGUAUAUUACCUGCACCUUCGAAUCCCGUCUGGGACCGUGAUGACGAACGAAAGCAUACUGCUAAGGGCACUCCUCCGAUGGGCGCAUUAGUCAGUGCCAAGAUCGCAGCACCACCGUACGGCCAACGUAAAGGGUGGAUUCCACGGACGGAAGCGGACUUCGGGGAUGGUGGUGCAUUUCCGGAAAUUCACGUCGCGCAGUAUCCCCUGGGAUUGGGAGCUCCAGGAAAUGCUAAUAAGAAAUCUAAUGCACUGGCUGUACAGCUAGAUCAGAGUGGCAAAGUUAAAUAUGACACCAUCGCUCGGCAGGGACACUCGAAGGAUAAGGUUGUUUAUUCCAAUAUAAAUCAACUGUUGCCAGCUGAAGUCCUGGCAGAAGAUGCAGAAGAGUUGCAGUUACCUGACCAAGAAACUAUCAACGAUAUAACUGAAAACACUAGGAAAGCUCUGGAAAAGUUAACCAAUCAGAAGAUCGUUUCAGCUAUGCCAGUCCGUGCAGCUGAGAAGCAAGCUCCUGCACAGUAUAUUCGAUAUACACCAUCCCAGCAAGGCGAUGCAUUUAACUCCGGAGCAAAGCAGCGAGUAAUUCGCAUGGUUGAGGCUCAGGUGGAUCCCAUGGAGCCACCGCGGUUUCGCAUUAAUAAGAAAAUACCUCGUGGCCCACCUUCACCACCCGCUCCGGUUUUGCAUUCACCAACUCGGAAAGUGACUGUUAAAGAACAAAAGGAGUGGAAAGUUCCGCCAUGCAUUUCCAACUGGAAGAACGCUAAAGGAUACACAAUUCCAUUGGAUAAGCGUCUGGCAGCGGAUGGACGUGGAUUGCAGCAGGUCCACAUCAAUGAAAAAUUUGCGAAGCUAGCAGAAUCGCUAUACAUAGCGGAUCGUAAAGCUCGUGAAGGUGUGGAAGCUCGAGCUCAAUUAGAGAAGAAGUUAGCUCAGAAGGAAAAGGAGAAGAAGGAGGACAUGUUGCGACAAAUGGCUCAACGUGCCCGUGAGGAACGUGCUGGUAUUCGUCAUCCGGGCGAAGCGGUCGGUCCCAGCGGUGAUCCUCUGAUUGUUCCAGCUGAGCUUCGUGAGCGUGAUGAAAUUCGAGCUGAACGACAUCGUGAACGCGCUCGUGAUCGUAAUCUUGCAAGGGCAGCCCCAGACAAGCGGUCGAAGUUGCAACGUGAGCGAGAACGAGACAUAUCCGAGCAGAUCGCGCUGGGCAUGCCUGCGAAAUCGUCACUUUCCGGCGAAGCACAAUUCGACCAACGUUUGUUUAACACUUCCAAGGGCAUGGAUUCGGGUUACGGAGACGACGAGGCGUACAAUGUAUAUGACAAACCGUGGCGUGAUUCCGGCACCCUCGGAACGCAUCUGUAUAGGCCAAGCAAGUCUAUUGAUAACGAUGCGUAUGGAGCGGACCUAGACCAGAUCAUCAGCACCCAGCGGUUCGUGCCGGAUAAAGAGUUUAGCGGUACGGAUAGAUCCGCUCCGGCUGCUCGUCAGGGUCCGGUACAGUUCGAGAAGGAAGAAGAUCCUUUCGGUUUGGAUCAGUUCUUGAACAUGGCCAAGAAGGCACCAAAGCGGAAAGAAGAUGCUAUGGCCGGAGGGAGCAGCAACCGCGACAAGGAUAGGAAAAAGAGACGGGACUAGAUUGUACUCUGCCUCUGAAUGUUAUGACAUGAAAUGUACAGAAAGUAGUUCCAAUAAAGCUAAG